AUGUAUAAAAAGUUAUUUUCAAGCAGAAAUUUAGGUGUUUCAUUAGUAGCAACCAUUUUCCUCUCUAAUGAAAAUCCUGCAUAGAAUUUAUUGAAUAAUAAAAAGAAAUCAGACUAAAGUCUUCCUACAAAAACAUAUAUUUGGGGUAAUGGUAUUUAUUAAGCAAGGCCAGAUGCUUUGUUAUAAUACAAAAACUUCGAACCUAAGCUUAUUAAAACAUUCCAAGGAAAGGAAAAUAAAAAUAUGAAGGAAAUAAUUUUUGGAGAACAUAAUGAAGCCGGUAUUGAUAUUAAUGGAUAUAUUUAUGCUUGGAACAAACCUACUCUCGAAGCAAACUAUUAAAAUUAAGAAACAGACAAUUACAGAAAUGACAUAAUUCAAUUAGAUAAGAAAAAUAACAAUUAUAUUUAGGUUUCAUUUACUACAGGAUUUGUAUGGGCUCUUAAUGACAAAGGAGAAGUUUAUUAAUGGACUAUUUAAAAAAAAGUAGACGAUAGAAAUAGAGUAGUUGGAACAUAAAUUGAUCCUAACUCAAUGCGUCAAGUUAAGAGUCUUCCACCAAAUAUCUAAUAAAUUUCUACAGGAGUUGAUCACUUCUUAGCACUCACUCAAUAGGGAGAAGUAUUUUCUAUGGGAGAUGAUACUUAUGGAUAAUGUGGUUUAGGGUCUAUGAGUCGUUCUACUGCUCCUCCUUUCUAUGAACGUAGAGUUAAAAAUCCAAGAAAAAUAGAAUCUUUGAAUGCACGUAUUAAAAAAAUAUGCUGUGGUUCCAAUCAUUCACUUGCAAUAACUGAAGAAGGUUAAUUAUAUGGAUGGGGUUCAAACUCCAAUAUGUAAUUGAGCUAAGAAGAAUAAUUCUCUAGAGCUGAAGAACCAAUUAUAAGUAUUUUUACACCUUUAAAGAUAUAAAAAAUGCUUGAUUUCAGCUUAGUUACUGAUGUAGCAGCAGGUGAAGAGCACACUGUUAUAGUCACUCAAAAUAAGCACAGUGGAGAGACUGAGGUAUUUUCAUGUGGACAUAAUAACAAGGGUGAAUUAGGUGCAGGAUUCCUUCGUCAUCUUUCUGAUGUUGUUAAGAUCGAAGGUCUCUCAAACUUCUAAGUCAAAAACCCAAGUGGACAAAAAGAAAAUGUAAGAAUUAAUAAAAUUAGUUGCGGUAAUCACCACUGUAUUGCCUUGCUAAGUGCAGGAGUUGUUACAGAAUGGGGUGAAAAUGAUUAUGGAUAAUUAGGUAACAAGAAACGUUCAUUUAGCGAGCAUCCAAUUAUGAUUUCAACAUUUAAAAAAUAAAAUGUAUUGAAUAUCAGUGCAGGUUUUACAUCUUCAUCAGUUAUCUGUGAAGAUUUAGAAUAAACUAAACAAAAAAAGUGA